AUGGGCGGCGUCUCGGACAACAUCCGCGACAUGAUCACGUUUUUUGUGUCCACCAAGGUCCUCGACGUCGCGGUGUUUUCGUUGGGAUCCUCCAAUGCGGCGCUAUUUGACCCUCGAUGCCGUGUACCAGCGUCGGUCGCCGCGGCCUGCACCCGUGCCCGCCUCCAAACGUUUUUGGGCUGCGACCACGCCUUUGUGACAACCGUCGACUUGAUCGAUGUAGUGUUUUGGCCCAAGACGCACCGCGUGAACUUUCUCGGGUUUGAAGCCGCGACGUCCCUCGUGACGUCGUACGUUGCCGGUGACAGCACCGACUUGCUCGGGUUGAAGACACUGGACGACUUGGCGUCGGCGACGAUCCACAUGCUUGGCGACAAAGACCUCAGCCUGGCGAUGCUCUUGCUUUUGAGAACGACCGACACUCACUUUUGGACCAUGCCCGCGGUCGUCUGCGAUUGGUUCCGUGCGCUCGUGACGCGCUACGGGUGGCAUGUAGUACUUCCGCCCUAUCUGAACCUCAUCGAGCGCACCGACGCCAUGCACAUGCGCUUGAUGGCGAGUCUCGUCGAGGACAACAAGCUCUGUGUGCGACAGCGCCACGCAAUCGUGCUACUCGACGCCGUACUUUGUUUGCUUUUGGAGCGCCACAGCUCGGUCAGCUACAUUCCGUCCUACGGCAGUUUGGCUCCUUUGUGA